CAAGGUGGAUCAAUUUUCAACAGCAAAAAUGGUGGAUUAUGAAGUAACUGUGUACACCGCCAAUCGCACCGCUGCCACCACUUUCAACAAUGUCUUCAUUAAGCUGGUUGGCACAAGUGGGGAAAGUGAACGCAAGUGGCUGUUCAACUUGAAAGGAGCUUCAGCAUUUGUCAGAGGAGCUGUGGCGUCUUUUACAGUUUCCUGCCCCAUGUCCCUUGGCAAGCUGGUGCUGGUGGAGCUGGACAAAAAGCCUCUUUUGCUGUUCCCAGAAGAUUCUUGGUUCCCAGCCAAAGUGGAAGUCAAAUCCCCAGACGGAGACAUUUACAACUUCCCCGUCUACCGCUGGAUCAGUGACAGCAAGGUGCACCGCUUCAGAGAGGGAACAGCCCUGAAAGGGUUCGAAGAUAGUCAUCAUCUUGGCAGGUACAGCCGGGAACAGGAGCUCAAGCAGCGUCAGAAAGAUUACUGCUGGGAUGUGUAUGUGGAAGGAAUUCCUCACUGCAUUAAAACAGACGGCCCAUCCUCCCUACCUCCUGAAGUCAGAUUCUCCUUUACCAAGCAGACUGAAUUUCUGUUCACAGCAAGCACAGGACUGGCAGAGCUGAAACUGAAGGGGCUGGUUGAUAAUAAAACGAAUUGGACGAACAUUGAUGAUAUCGACAGAGUUUUUUGCUGCAACAUAUUCCUUUGUGACUACAAGCGAAUGGAUGGAGUGAAAGCAAACACCAUCAAUGAUGAGAAGCAGUACCUGAUGGCUCCACUUGUCUUGCUCCACAAAACUCCAGAUGAUAAACUCAUGCCAAUUGCUAUUCAGCUGAAGCAGAAACCAGCAGAGGACAAUCCAAUCUUCUUGCCAUCUGAUUCAGAGUACGACUGGCUGAUGGCAAAGAUUUUUGUCAGAAGUGCAGAUUUCAGUGAGCAUCAGCUCAACGUUCACCUGCUGCGCACUCACCUGCUGGCUGAGGUCUUUGCAGUGUCACUGUUGCGCAACGUGCCCAUGGUGCAUCCUCUCCACAAGCUUCUCAUACCUCACACUCGCUACACUCUGCAGAUCAACUUCUUAGCUCGGAACAGACUCAUAUCUGAGGAGGGUGUUUUCACCAAAUUUUCAGCUUCUGGAGGAGAGGGUAUGAUCACAAUUCUGAGGAGAUCGCUGUCCUCAGUAACAUACAGCUCCCUCUGUGUGCCAGAAGACAUUGCUGAGCGCGGAGUGAAGGACGUACCAAACUUCUACUACAGAGAUGAUGCACUCAGACUGUGGGAUACUAUCAACAGAUUUGUGCGGGGUAUCCUGACCUACUACUACAAGACCGAUGCUGAAGUUCAGCAAGACUCUGAACUUCAAAAGUGGAUUCUGGACAUUUUUGAACAUGGAUUCCUUUCCCAGCCUUGCCCAGGAAUCCCACAGAAACUUACCACAGUGGAUGAGCUCAUCAAGUUUGUCACCAUGGUGAUCUUCACCGGCUCAGCCCAGCAUGCUGCUGUGAACAGUGGACAGUUUGACUUUGGUAGCUGGAUGCCAAACACUCCAAUCUCCCUGCAACUGCCACCUCCCACCAAAAAAGGGGAAGCGACUGAAGAAACGAUGCUGAAAACACUGCCGGACGUCAACACCACAGUUCAGGGCAUGGCCACCCUGUGGCUGCUCAGCCAGCAGUCCAGUGACUUUGCACCUCUUGGCCAGUACUCUGAGGACCACUUCAGUGAGGAGACUCCACGGCAGAUGAUGGCGAACUUUAAAAAGGAGCUGGCGGCGUUGAGUGCAGCAAUCAAAGAGAGAAACAAAACUCUGGAAGUGCCGUACACAUACUUGGAUCCAGAGGAGGUAGAAAACAGUGUGGCUAUUUAGGGAAGUAAGAGAAGUUUCCUCUCAGUUUUCAUAGUUGAUAAUAAUCCCACACUGAUGUGCUUCAUGUUAUUUUAGGUGUAUUAUUGGAACCUUUAUGAACAUGUUGGAGAAGGGGAAGCAGAGGGGACAUGAUAAUUCUUUUUAAAUUUUAUUAGUUUUGCUUAAAUGUAUAAUGUAUAUUUGAAUGGAAUGUUAUUAUUUGGGAUGCAUGCAGAGAAAUAUGGAGUCAGACGAGUGAGUGUACCGACCCUAUGGAAAUUAGAAAGUGAGUUUCUCUAAUCUGUUGCUUCAAAAUACCUGUGUAAGAAUCUAUGGCAAAGUGCAAAUAAAAAUGUUUUUAAGCAGAAAACAA